GUCACGCACAAACAAGUAUACUACAGUGAUCGGGUUUAGUAGUGAUAACUGUCAGAGCAUUGGAGAAGGCUGCUCAGGAGACAGAAAAGAGAUGUCUCGUGAGGUGAAAAAGCUCACUGGGCUCGUGGCAGCUACUUUCACACCACUCACUACAGAAGGGGAGAUUAAUCUCUCUGUGAUCGAGCCAUACAUUGAUUACCUUAUAGAGAAACAGGGUGUCAAGAGUGUGUUUGUGAAUGGCACAACGGGCGAGGGCUGUUCACUCACUGUGGAAGAAAGAAAGCAGCUUGCUUCGGAAUGGUGCUUACAGGGCAAGGGCAAGCUUGAACAGGUGAUAGUUCAUGUUGGAUGCAUGUGUAUAAAAGAUUCUCAAGAACUGGCUCGGCAUGCUGCCAGUAUAGAGGCCCAUGGCAUAGCAGUAAUCUCUCCUUCUUAUUUCAAACCCACUAAUGCAGAUGCGUUGAAAAUGUUUCUAAAGGAAGUGGCUGCCUGUGCUCCAGAUCUUCCAUUUUAUUAUUAUCAUAUUCCAGGCAUGACUGGUGUUUCCUUGAAAGCAGGUGAUGUGCUAAAAGGGAUUGAGCUGAUGAUCCCCUCAUUUCAGGGAGUGAAAUACAGUGGGACUGACCUCAGGGAUCUCGGACAGUGUGUCUGUUACAGCCAGUCCCAAAACUGGUCUGUCCUGUAUGGAGUAGAUGAACAACUCUUGGGAGCUUUGGCACUGGGUGUUCAUGGAGCAGUAGGAAGCACAUAUAACUACCUCGGACGCAUAGUGAAGCAAAUGAUCUCUGCUUUCGAUAAGGGAGAUGCCAUACAGGCCAGAGACCUACAGUUUAAAUUUAUGGAUGUCAUCACAUUUGCUAUGAACCUGGGUUUUGAUGUGGCCAUGAAUAAGCAGGUGAUGAGUGAAGUGUCAGGGUUAGCACUGGGUCCUCCUCGACUCCCACUGCUGUCCUGCCCUGUCUCAAAGGCCCAGUCUUUAGCACAGGAAAUCAAGUACCUCUCUGAGGGACACUCAGAUUAGAUGACACAUUUUAUUGAACCUACUCUACUUGUACCACAAUAUUUUGAACAUUCCUCAGUGUUACUGACCUGACAGUUGUAGCAUAUAUCUUUACUUUAUGUUGAUGUAUUGCAUUUUUAUACUUCGAUGCUUUACUUUAUACUAGUUCUUGCUUUUUUUAAUAACCACAUACUGUAAACAAACAUGCAUAAUGUCUUUAAAAUGUUCUUUCUUUAUAUGGCUAUUGGCUAGUUUAAAAGUGCACUCAGUAACUUUUUUACUUGUGUCAUCUUGGACGUACACUGACACGUAGUGGCAUGGAUGCAGCGUCAUUCAAAAUGAAUAGUUCUCAGUUUCAGAUGCCGUUGUAGAAAUGUACUAUUCACAGUCAGCCAUGAUUAUUUUAAUCCAUUUAGUCCUCUCCAUGUAGAAUAAAACAGCUUUUGUAAGGUUACUGAUAUGACUGGAGUCUUCAUAUCACAUAUGUUUUAAAAUUACAAUUAAUUUCUUUAGGAGUUAAACUUUUUAACGAGGAAAAAUUUACAGAGUGCACCUUUAAAACUGUAUAAAAUUGUUUUUGUGGUUUUAUAAUGGUUAACAAUCAAGGCUGCUGAAACAAUAGUUGCAGGUUCAGUGAGUCCCAGGUCUGGGCUGCUCUUGUGUCACCAAUAGUGCCCUUAGCAACUUAAAAAAGAAAAAACACUUUCCUUGCAACAAAUGACAUUCCUUGCACAAGUGUACUGUAAGACAGUCUUUGCAGAAGUGAACUGUAAGUAAUUUUGGAUGAAAAUCAUCUGCUCUAUGAUCAAAUCAAAGUAAUAGUCAUCUGUGCUGUUUUUCUGUUGCACAGAUUUUCUUAAUAUACUACAAACUGAAUAAUAACUUAGCAAGCUAUUCUCAAUUGUGAUUGCUGUUGGUGUCCAUGGAUAUUGUACAAUACUAAAAAUUUGACUAGAGAUUUCACACGAACCACUAAAUGAACAUUUUCAGUGUUUUAUUUCAUUUCAGUAUUGUUUUUUUUUUUUUUUUAGAAUACCUCUUAAGAAA